GACGUUUAGAAAUUAACCAGCUGAACUUUUAACUUAAGGAAUAAACAAACGAAUAAUAGGUUGCGUCCCCAGGGUUUUACUAACUUUGUCAUCCAGGUUUACAGUUCUGGUUUCUCAAUGUGCAGCGAAUUAUGUCCCCGUGACACAUCCCAAGUAUACAAAGGACUUACAGAGUUUAUCUCAAAAACGACAUAAACAAACAGCAUGUGUCUCUUACAAAACUAUUGUUUAUCUGGUAAUUUGUUGAUAUGCAUAUAGUGUACAUAAUACAGACAUAUAUGUGGCCUAAACAUUAAAUUUUAUCAUAGAUGAAAUCUGAAAUAUAGUCACAUAUGCUGAAGUGAUUUCCUACAACAGUUAGAAAUGGAUAAAUCGCUCACUACAGACCAAUUGUCAAAUGGAGCAUCAUCAAUGCCUGAGAUUAUCAAAGAGGAGCAAUUACCCAGGUGCCCCAGCCCUGCUGAAGAUGCACUUUCAUUGGCAGGGGAAGUUGAAGUCCAAUCCGAUAGUGCCAAAUAUGGAAGCCCAUCUCAAAAGACAGAAAACACUGAUCAUUUAAAUCGGAAUUCCAUGGAAGAAUUUAAUGAGGAUGUUAAUGAUAAGGACGCAAGUUUGAAUAUAAGUUCCCAUCCCCAAAGUGCUAGUACUCCGAAUGCUCAAACACAGAAUCGAGACCAUGGAGAUAUUGCUCAAGAAGAUGACAUUGAAGACAUAAAUGUACGAUUACAUAGGACAUUAUCUGAACUGUCAACUUGUAGUUCACAGACUGAGAUGGUCCUGAGCGAGGAUAUUAAAGUGCCAAUAGUAGGGUUUGAGAGGAUGGAACAACGCGCACGAUUCACUGUAUUUAAAAUCCAUGUACAGAAAACGUAUACCGAACAGUGGUUUAUCUUUAGACGUUAUACUGACUUUGUUCAGUUGAAUAGUCAGCUAAAGGGUUUAUUUCCUCAUUUUCGACUUGCUCUCCCACCAAGACGUUGGUUCGGUGAUAACUUUGAAGCAGAGUUUCUCGAAGAUCGUCAAUUGGGCCUCCAAGCAUUCCUCAAUAAUGUAGUCAGUCAUAAGAGAGUAUGUAAUAGUGGCCCUGUGCGACAUUUCUUCUGUUUUGAUGACCCACCUGGACCACAUGAUAGCCUUGAGGAGAGUCGGACACUUUGUGAGAGUUUAGAGGAGACAGUUUAUAACUUGAAGAAAGAUCUGCAGGAAAGAGAUGCUAAAAUAGAGCUAUUGGAAUCAGAGCUGGCUCUGCAUAAAUCCCAAAUGGAGGCACUGAUGAAGGCAUUACGUAUUGAAAGGUCUAUGAAUAAUAGGAAAAGAUCAUCACAGUCAUCAAUUCCAAGUAUAAAUGACAUCACAGAGGAUGAACCAUCAUGCAUUGAGGCAGAUCUUGGCCAGCCUUAUGCUCAAAGCAAAGACAGUUCUUGUACACCAGACUCUUCAGAUUCACAUUCAGUGUCCACAGUAGAAGCCACCAUUCAUCACACUGAUUCGGUAAAGUGAACAUUUACCAAACUGUAGCCUUGCGCAGUAGAGCCAUGUAUAGAUAUAAAUAGGGGCAACAUUAUGUUAAUGCACUUGAUAGCUAUAACUGAACUAAAGUUUAUAGUUCCUUGGAUAACCAAAGCCUCAAGUCCC